AUGCCGAUGUUAUUGCACAUAUGUGUCAUCGGCAGGUUGCCCUCUAACACACCUCCACUAGCCAUCGUCGAUCAUAAGCCGCUUUCUUUGACUGCUGGUGUCACUGAUAAGGAUGAUUUCUUUUUAGACACUCCAAACAAGUUGCCCUCUAACACGCCUCCACUAGCCAUCGUCGAUCAUAAGCCGCUUUCUUUGACUGCUGGUGUCACUGAUAAGGAUGAUUUCUUUUUAGACACUCCAAACAAGUCAAUUGCCGAAGUGUUGGAAACUAAACAGGAGGACAGUCACAACACUAUUGGAGCUGAAAUGUCCGCCAUAUCGGAUGCACCCGAGGGAUCUCUGAUGUUAACUGAUUCAUCUUCACAGCAAAGUGAGGCUUUUGAUUUGACACCGGCUAAACGUUUCCGAUCACCAACUAUUAAUUUGGAGGAGGAAUUCGAUCAGAAUUCAGUUACCAGGGAAUCAGGUUCGAUAAGAAUCAAGAAGGAGAAGGUUGACAAAAGAAGACGAUCAUUUCUCAUUGAUAUUAAAUUUGUUCUACGUUGUGCAGACACACAAGUAGUAUUUCAGCCGCCUGUCUUAACAAGAUCUGGCAUGUCAAUAGACAAUCCUUCCCCACUUCAGAAGACCAAUAUACUGGAUGAUAUAUCAAAUUCGAGUACUAACCAUUCAAGAGAUGCAAGAACCCAAAGGCUCAGCUUACUGCGCCAUAAAAGAAAAUUUCCUGAAACUAUUUCAUCUACAAACAAUCUUACUGAAAUUGAUAUUCAUGCAUCCACGCAGACGAGUAUUAUUUCAGAUGGAAAAGAGAACAUAUCUCCCUUUCAAACUCAAAGUACGUUACUUUCAGACGAUACAAUGACAAAUUUCUCACUUACCGGGUUACCCCCUAAGAAAAGGAGAAAUUCCCAAAAGGGAAGAUCUCAGACAGUGAAGAAACCAGUGGGUAGGCCGUGUAUUCCUAUGCCCAUAUCUUCAAUUUCCAACCAAGUUCGGACUAAUAAAGUUAUUCAUGGUAGUGGUUCAUACACGAGUCCCCCCGUCAACAAGAACGAUAAACAGAGUGCCAUUGUUGAUAGCAGUGAAGAACCUUUAAACUCUGAAGACUUCUGGGAUUGUUCUAGCAACGAAGAUAAUGCGGUGGAGAGAGAAUCUGAUCCCGAUUCUGAAGAUGAACAUCCCGUUGAUCACAGUCGUGAGGCAUACACCAAGCGUGUAGCAAGCUGUUUUGCACAAUUUUUUGGGGACCUAUCUCCAGCGGUAGAUACAUCUGUUGUGUCACCACUUGCAAUGGAGGUAGUAGAAGCAG